GGGGGCGCGCUCAGGGGGUGGGGAAGCGAUCCCCUGCUGCUCAAUGACAAAUUGGCUGGAGGCUGCUGGGGACUGCUGGGGUCCGGCCGCGGGAGAAGGCGUGAGGGACCGCGGGGCGUGUUUAAGAGCGGCUCGCGGACUGCGGACAGCUGAGGCGGCGCGGGACCGGGCCUAGUUCUUCAACUGGGUCUUCUGCCUGUGCGUCACAACCUCAGAAAACCAGCAGGAUGGCUGCAAACAAGAGUAAGAGCCAGAGCUCCUUGGCCCUGCACAAGGUGAUCAUGGUUGGCAGUGGAGGGGUUGGCAAGUCAGCCCUGACGCUUCAGUUCAUGUAUGAUGAGUUUGUUGAAGACUAUGAACCUACCAAAGCAGACAGUUACAGAAAGAAAGUUGUGCUUGAUGGAGAAGAAGUCCAGAUAGACAUUCUGGACACUGCUGGACAGGAGGACUACGCAGCCAUUCGAGACAACUACUUUCGGAGUGGGGAAGGCUUUCUACUGGUGUUCUCAAUUACUGAGCACGAGUCAUUCACAGCGACGGCGGAGUUCAGGGAACAGAUCCUCCGUGUUAAGGCUGAAGAAGAUAAAAUUCCAUUGCUUGUGGUGGGAAACAAGUCAGACUUGGAGGAGCGGAGGCAGGUGCCAGUGGAGGAGGCGCGGAGCAAGGCCGAGGAGUGGGGCGUGCAGUAUGUGGAGACCUCGGCGAAGACUCGGGCCAACGUGGACAAGGUGUUCUUUGAUCUAAUGAGAGAAAUCAGAGCAAAGAAGAUGUCAGAAAAUAAGGACAAGAAUGGCAAGAAAAGCAGCAAGAACAAGAAAAGUUUUAAAGAAAGGUGUUGCUUACUGUGACUGCUGCAGUGACAGAUGAAGUCAGUUGCCGCUGAGGACAUAGGGUGGGGUCGUUCGGAGAAGGCUGUAGUCUCCUCCUUGGCGUGUUCCCUGCUCGCCCCAACCGCAUUCGCGUGGACAUCUUUAAACGGGAAAAAUAUUUGUGAGUCAGUGGCUGGCAGAAAUAAGCACUUGACCUUGUGGUGGAUUGGCUACUUCGUCAGGAGGUUUUGGAGUUCCCUUUUCCUUCAUUUCUCCCUCCUCCCCCCCUCCCCCCAGAAGUUUAACCACAUAUGUAGUGCUAGAGGUUGGAAAUAGUCCAGUGUUAAUUAAAAUGAAAGAAGACUGUCAUAGCAUCUUAUUUCCUCCCAAUUUCAUAACAUUAGCACCUUUUGUUUUGCAAUAAAAAUGCCUUAUUAGGUUUUGGAGAAGAGGUGGCAUAAGGCUCCCCCAACCCUUGUCAGCUUAACAGUAGUUCUCAGAAAGACCCAUUAAACUCCACGGAUGCUGAAAAACUCAGAUUUUUUGUGGGGGAGGGGUUUUCUUGGCAAUAUCCGGUGGAUCUGAAGCACAGCUAAAAACAUAAAUUUGAGUUGGGCCAAAGAGGUCAAUACCAUGCUCAUAAAUUCUUAUAUGAAAAAUAGAAGUUGUAUUCUUUGUAUUUAAGUAUUGGCCCAUGAUAGUCUGUGUUGGCUGUCUUCCUCCUGUAGCAUCCUUGUUUUGGGAACUUCUUUUUAGUAGACUAAGUGAAGACUCAAGAGUGGUAUGCUUUAUAAAUGAUGCACUUUUCUAAUCAGAUUUUUAAAAAUUCUUUGGCGAAAUCCUCCCCUAAUUGCCAGUCCCGUGGCGAGGCCCCUCUUCUCCACCAGGAAUCAACACAUUUGUCCUCCUGGUGGCUUCUCUGCACGUGGAGAUGAGAGCGCCCCUUCUUCAAGUGCAACGGGGUCUGAAGGACGGAAGGAGUUAGAGCUGCAUUCUAAGGGCCCGAAGCCAGAGCCGGUGCCAGACAUUCUGCUACCUCUCGUAGAACUACCGAGUAAUUCUAAAUUUAAAAUUGGAAGUUGGGAAGGAUAAGCCAUUGCUCCUUUACCUCUGAGAACUGGCUGCUGUUUCUGUUUUUUUUUUCCCCUGAGAUAGCUAUGUACGUUAGUUAGAAAAAGAUUUUUAUUGAUGAGAUACUGUUACUCUUUCUUGAAUCAGUAUUCCAAAAUCAGCAAUCAGGAAAAGGAGAACUGUGAUAAAAACCCAGUAUUCCCAUCUCCCCUGUUUUCCAGAAGUGACAUUUCACACAUGGGUGCCAAAAGCGAAUGGGGUGAGGAAAGCAGGAACCUUUUGCAUUUAUGGUUGCUAUAGAAAUUGUGGAAAUUAUGAUCUGACUGGAAAACAAUUGUGUAUAAUCUCCCAAAGAAUCAUGGACUUUUGAAUAAAAAAAGCAGACAGUA